UUUACUCUAGGAACCAAACGGAAGCAAAUGCACAGAGCAAACGGAACGAACGGGGAGGGAUUUACCUGGAUUUGUCCAAUAGAAACUCUCGUUUUCUUUGAAACUGUUUCCUUUACAAAACGUUUCGCAACGGAAUUCGACGAAUGAAUACACCAGUGAUAAGGGACCAGAUUUGAUAUUCAUGGUGCAAACCCGUGUAGGCCACACAGCUGGCCAAGUUUAGUCACAUGCUUGUUGUUAUUGUUCUGGUAGUCUAGUGCUUUCCUGAAUGGUCUGCACUCGAUCUAAACCUUUCUCCCAAUUCAGAGGCAUCAGAAUAAUAUUGUCUACAUUCGGAUUUUGUAAUUACAGGAUUCUUCCAAAUAUUUAGGACGUUUGACUCGAACGAUCGCGACGCAAAGGGGGGAGUCAAUCAAAUACGCAUUGCGUCCCUUAUUUACCGACAUGACGGAAGACAAACAAAGUGUCAUCGAGGACAAUUUGCAGGGUUCCUGGGUGGAGCUGCACUUUAACAAUGGCAACAGUGGGGGGUCACCAGCACAUGGGGCUGCUGGUGUGGAGGAAGAGCAGGUUUCAGGCUCUGCCACUGAGCUACCAGGCUCUGCCACUGAGCUACCAGGCUCUGCCACUGAGCUACCAGGCUCUGCCACUGAGCUACCAGGCUCUGCCACUGAGCUACCAGGCUCUGCCACUGAGCUACCAGGCUCUGGGUUAGGUGCCUCUGCCUCAGUCCAUGGUGGAGACCUGAUGGCUGGGUCUGCGUCGGUCCUGCCUGGGUCUCUCUCUGCCUCUACCCAGGGAGGUGACCUGAUGGCUGGGUCAGGGUCUGCGUCUGGCUCAGUCCAGGGAGGGGUGGACUUGGAGAAGAUGUUGUUAGACGCCCAGCAUGAGUCAGGAAGAAGCAGCUCCAGGGGCAGUGUGCCCUGUGACAGUCCUCCGAGACCCCAGACUCCUUUGCUCCGCCGUGGUUCAGAAGUGCACAGCUCAGGAGAGAAGAACAGCUCACAGUCUGAAGAAGACUACCUAGAACGGAGACGUGAAGUGGAGAACCUGAUGAAGAAGAACGCAGACUGGAUCUGGGACUGGUCCAGUAGACCUGAGAACGUUCAACGCAAGGAGUUUGUUCUGAAGCAUCCUAAACGUAUCAACCCUCUCAGCAUCAGAAACACCAGCGUCAUGAAGAACGGAGGGAUCUUCUCUGCAGAGUUCCUCAAACUUUUCCUUCCAUCGCUGCUCAUAUCCCACGUACUGGCUAUCGGUCUGGGAUACCAGGGGCAGCAGGUAGCCUAGUGGUUAGAGGCGAGCCAGCAACCGGUGGCUAGUUCGAAUCCCGGGUCUGAUGGGAAGAAUCUGUUGGGAAGUGAGCUGGCAACUGGGGGGGGGGGGUUGGUAUCAGGUCCUCGAUGCCAUUGCGCCCUUGACCAAUAAUGUGAUCUUAAUCUAUAGCCACUAGCCACUGUAAACAAUGCUACCUAAUACAAUGUUUACAUACCCUACAUUAUUCAUCUCAUAUGUAUACGUAUAUACUGUACUCUAUAUCAUCUACUGCAUCCUUAUGUAAUACAUGUAUCACUAGCCACUUUAACUAUGCCACUUUGUUUACAUACUCAUCUCAUAUGUAUAUACUGUACUCGAUACCAUCUACUGUAUCUUGCCUAUGCUGCUCUGUACCAUCACUCAUUCAUAUAUCUUUAUGUACAUAUUCUUUAUCCCCUUACACUUGUGUAUAAGACAGUAGUUUUGGAAUUGUUAGUUAGAUUACUUGUUGGUUAUUACUGCAUUGUCGGAACUAGAAGCACAAGCAUUUCGCUACACUCGCAUUAACAUCUGCUAACCAUGUGUAUGUGACAAAUAAAAUUUGAUUUAAGUAGAAUUAGAAGGCUAUACUACAGUAUUUUUAUAUAAUAUAUAUAUAUAUAUUAUAUAUAUAUUUUAUAUAACAGUAUUUGUUAUCAUCAACUAUAUCUACACACACACACACGCAGUUGAGUAGAGCUGCAUUCUAGCAGAUGUGUGUUUUAGUUGUGCUGCUAAGGCCCCAGAUCAGAUGUCUUACGUUUUCUGGUCGCAGCUCACUGUGGGAAGAAUGGACUAGUUGAUCCACUUCAGUCACCAGAGUUUGAGCUGUGAGCCUUUAAGGCCCUGUGUAUACGGAGGGAGAAUGUCAAUCUCUCCUGGCUCAAAGUUGAGGAGAGUUUGACUGCAUCACUAUUGUAUCUUCGUGCGAGGUGUUGAAGGUACAGGACUGUCUGUUUAAGCAGUUGGCACAUAGUUCAGACACUCAUCGGUACAACACAAGACGUGCAACCAGAGAUCUCUUCACAGUCCCCAGGUCCAGAACAGAAGCUGGGAAACACACAGUAUGAAAUAGAGUCAUGACCACAUGGAACUCUUUCACCCAAUAUUUAUUUAACCUUUAUUUAAGUCAGUUAAGAUCAAAUUCUUAUUUACAAUGAUGGCCUAGGAACAGUGGGUUAACUGGUCUAGGAACAGUGGGUUAACUGCCUUGUUCAGGGGCAGAACGACAGAUUUUUUACUUUGUCAGCUCAGAUUCGAUCUAGCAACCUUUCGGUUACUGGCCCAAUGCGCUUAACCACUAGGCUACCUGCUCUAACCACUAGGCUACCUUCUCUAACCACUGGGCUACCUGCUCUAACUAGGCUACCUGCUCUAACCACUAGGCUACCGUCUGUAACCACUAGGCUACCUGCUCUAACCACUAGGCUACCUUCUCUAACCACUGGGCUACCUGCUCUAACCACUAGGCUACCGUCUGUAACCACUAGGCUACCUGCUCUAACCACUAGGCUAAAUUGUAGACCUCCACAAGUCUGGUUCAUCAUUGGGAGCAAUUUCCAAACGCCUGAAGGUACCACGUUCAUCUGUACAAACAGCAGUAUGCAAGUAUAAACACCAUGGGACCAGGCAGCUGUCAUACUGCUCAGGAAGGAGACGUGUUCUGUCUCCUAGAGAUUAAUGUACUUUGGUGUGAAAAGUGUAAAUCAAUCCCAGAACAACGGCAAAGGACCUUGUGAAGAUGCUGGAGGAAACAGGUACAAAAGUAUCUAUAUCCACAGUAAAACGAGUCCUAUAUUGACAUAACCUGAAAGGCUGCUCAGCAAGGAAGAAGCCACUGCUCCAAAACUGCCAUAAAAAAGCCAGACUAAGCCAGACUGCAACUGCACAUGGGGACAAAGAUCAUACUUUUUGGAGAAUAGUCCUCUGGUCUGAUGAAACAAAAAUAGAACUGUUUGGCCAUAAUGACCAUCGUUAUGUAUGGAGGAAAAAGAGGGUGGCUUGCAAGCUGAAGAACACCAUCCCAACCAUGAAGCAUGGGGGUGGCAGCAUCAUGUUGUGGGGGUGGCAGCAUCAUGUUGUGGGGGUGCUUUGCUGCAGGAGGGAACUGGUGCACUUCACAAAAUAGAUGGCUUCAUGAGGGAGGAAAAUUACAUGGAUAUAUUGAAGCAACAUGUCAGGAAGUUAAAGCUUGGUUUCAAAUGGGUCUUCUAAAUGGACAAUGACCCCAAGCAUACUUCCAAAGUUGUGGCAAAAUGGCUUAAGGACAACAAAGUCAAGGUAUUGGAGUGGCCAUCACAAAGCCCUGACCUCAAUCCUAUAGAAAAUGUGUGGGCAGAGCUGAAAAAAGCGUGUGCAAGAAAGGAGGCCUACAAACCUGACUCAGUUACACCAGCUCUGUCAGGAGGAAUGGGCCAAAAUUCACCCAACUUGUUGUGGGAAGCUUGUGGAAGGCAACUCGAAACGUUUGACCCAAGUAAAAAAAAAAAUGUAAAGACAAUGCUACCAAAAUACUAAUUGAGUGUAUGUAAACUUCUGCCCUACUGGGAAUGUGAUGAAAGAAAUAAAAGCUGAAAUAAAUCAUUCUCUCUACAAUUAUUCUGACAUUUCACAUUCUAAAUAUAAAGUGGUGAUUCUAACUGACCUAAAACAGGGAAUUUUUACUAGGAUUAAAUGUCAGGAAUUGCGAAAAACUGAAUUUAAAUGUAUUUGGGUAAGGUGUAUGUAAACUUCCGACUUCAACUGUAUGUGGUUGGGAUAGACUGUGAUACAUGGUUGGUGAUACAACUGUGAUGCCUGGUUGUGUCUGCUGGCUAUCUUGAGAUGAAUGCGCUGUGGGUCUCUCUGGAUGGGAACGUCUGCUAAAUGACUACACUGUAAUGAAGUGCUGUGUGUUUUAUGUGUUGUUUCCUGUUUGGACCCCAGGAAGAGCAGCCCCUGCCUCAGCAGCAGCCCAUUGGGUGAUCCCAGUAAAUAAAAUAAUAAAAUACACUGGGGACUGUAGAGUGAAACAUCUGAAGAAUGCCUUGCUGAUUUUCGAGAAAAUCUAACCGACAAAAAUAAGUGGAAAAAAAACAAACUUAGCAUUUUUACCAAGUUGCACAAAAUAGAACUGACAACAUAUGUACAGAACUAUACUAGUAUGUUGAUGUUCUUUCCCCUCUGU